AUGGUUGAUGGACUUGAAAUUAGCUCUGGAGCCUUCGAGCUGCUACCGCUGUUGAAACUUAUCUGGAACCAUGCUCAGGCCAAAUGCGAAUUUGCCUUCGUGUCCGGGAGUUCGUUGUCCCAAGAACGAAACAACGGCGCUGGAUAUCACGACCCAAUUACCGCUGCGGAUCUUAUGAACCGUGCCCUCGUCGAACUAGGCACGGCAGACGUUCUCAAUCUCAGGCAGUAUGCUAAAUACUCUGGCCUGAUCUCAUCAAUAAUGAUCUGGCACCAUGAGGACGACCGUUUUGGAUACGUCGAAUACAAAGAUUCGACUAUACCACAUUCCUUCCCGCAUCCGGGAAGAUGUUUUGACAUUUCGGACCAUGGUUCCAAGAUUCAAUGGAAAGAAUCUGAACAGUUGAGCCUUCUGUCCCUGACUUAUGAAUUCCUAUCGGCCAUCAAACCCCGGGGCUACCGCAUAGGCCUCAGCGGAGUCAAUUCCUUGCUGCGGGGCGACAUCGACCACAUGCAUACGCGAGUAUACGACGAGAUUGUCGUCCGCAUGUCUACUCAGGAAGCUAGGACCGACUUCAACAAUUUCAAGGCACUACGAAAGCUGCUAGAGGUUGGCAACUUUGACAGUCUGGUCAACAAUCGCAGAGAGAAGGAUUGUUUCAUCAACAUGAUUCUGAUGUUCAAGCUCUCUAUACCAGAACCCACCGCGGACCUUCGUAUAAACAUCAACAAGCUUCUGCUUGCAUUCAAUAGCGACCAUGGAAGUCUUGUCAUUACUGUUCAAGGUCCUGAUAGCAGCAUGAAAGACACCCAGUCCGUCAGGUGGCAGCAUAUUCAGACAGCAGUAUUCCUCUUGCUAUCAGAUGUAUCGGAGCAGUAUCCUUCGAAAACCCAUCAGCCUCUUCCACAAAUCAGGAUCAACGGUUGCGGUACAAUCUUGGGAUGGUUUAUAAAAGGUGAUCGUGUCUAUGGAGGGUUAACGCCGCAGAGAAUGUCACAUGGAAGGAAGCAGAUGGGUGGACCUGAGAACUACCUGAAGACAGCCGAUGCGAGUAGCAGGAACAGCCAAAAGUGGACAGCAAAACCUGGAGACAUCGGACAGCAACGAGUCAACGCUGUGCUCUAG